UUCAAAGAAAAGUUGGGACACAGGGAAUCUCUAAUGUUUGACUACCGACUGCAGUAUCAGAUGAGUGCAGCCCUCCCCUCCCCCACUCUGAAGUUACUUUCGUUUUCAUGCAGAAACAUCUCAACGUGAGUCAGCAGUCAUCAGGUCUUAUCAGAAAAGUUCAGGACUAAUGGAAACCAGACUCAUCCGGAUCAACAACAACAACACUUCUUCAUCUGUGUGGGACGGAAGCUCGGUCUGACGGAGCUCUGGGGGACAGAGGAAGACCAGUAUCAGGAUGGAGGAGCAGAGCCCAGACUCUCCUGAACCCAGCUGUGUGUCCAUGAAGAGUGACCGGUCUGCUUAUCGCUCUAUUAACUUCAAACAAUCUCCAGAUAGAAGUAUCAGGAUGGAGGAGCAGAGCCCAGACUCUCCUGAACCCAGCUGUGUGUCCAUGAAGAGUGACCGGUCUAAUGGUCGCUCUAUUACCUUAAAACGAUCUGCAGAUGGAAGAGGUCAGCUGGAAACAUCAGAGUUCUUCAAUGAUCAGUCCAAGCAGCAUCAAACAGAGCUGGACUCCAUAUUUAUGCUGCUGGAGGAGAACAUUAUCACCUUUGUGAAGAAGGAACUGAAGAGAUUUCAGAAGGCUCUGAGUCAGGAGAACCCAGAACGUCACAGUGAGGAUGAGGAGGUGUUGGUUGGUGAAGAUGAAGAGCAGAGGAGCAGCAGAGAGGCUUUUGUGAAGAUCACAGAGAACUUCCUGAGGAGAAUGAAGCAGUACGAGCUGGCUGACUGUCUGAGGAACAGAACUCCUGCUUCAGUUUGCCAACAUAAACUCAAGUCUAAGCUGAAGGAGAAGUUCCAGUGUGUGUUUGAGGGGAUCGCUAAAGCAGGAAACCCAACCCUUCUGAAUCAGAUCUACACAGAGCUCUACAUCACCGAGGGAGAGACUGGAGAGGUCAACCAUGAACACGAGGUCAGACAGAUGGAAACAACAUCCAGGAAAGCACACAGAGCAGAAACAAGCAUCAGACAAGAAGACAUCUUUAAAGCUCCACCUGGAAGAGAUGAACCAAUCAGAAGAGUGAUGACGAAGGGCGUGGCUGGCAUUGGGAAAACAGUCUUAACCCAGAAGUUCACUCUGGACUGGGCUGAAGGCAAAGCCAACCAGGACAUCCAGUUCACAUUUCCAUUCACUUUCAGAGAGCUGAAUGUGCUGAAAGAGAAAACGUUCAGCUUGGUGGAGCUCCUUCAUCACUUCUUUACUGAAACCAAAGAAGCAGGACUCUGCAGGUUUGAAAAGUUCCAGGUGGUGUUCAUCUUUGACGGUCUGGACGAGUGUCGACUUCCUCUGGACUUCAACAAAACUGAAAUCCUCUCUGAUGUCACAAAGUCCACCUCAGUGGAUGUGCUGCUGACAAACCUCAUCAGGGGGAACCUGCUUCCAUCUGCUCGCCUCUGGAUAACCACACGACCUGCAGCAGCCAAUCAGAUCCCUCCUGAGUGUGUUGACAUGGUGACAGAGGUCAGAGGGUUCACUGACCCUCAGAAGGAGGAGUACUUCAGGAGGAGAUUCAGAGAUGAGGAUCAGGCCAGCAGGAUCAUCUCCCACAUCAGGACAUCCCGAAGCCUCCACAUCAUGUGCCACAUCCCGGUCUUCUGCUGGAUCACUGCUACAGUUCUGGAGGAUCUGCUGAAGACCAGGAAUAGAGGAGAGCUGCCCAAGACCCUGACUGAGAUGUUCAUCUACUUCCUGGUGGUUCAGUCCAAAGUGAAGAGCAUCAAGUAUAAUGGAGGAGCUGAGACAGAUCCACAUUGGAGUCCAGACAGCAGGAAGAUGAUGGAGUCUCUGGGAAAACUGGCUUUUGAGCAGCUGCAGAAAGGGAACCUGAUCUUCUAUGAACCAGACCUGACAGAGUGUGGCAUGGAUAUGAGAGCAGCCUCGGUGUACUCAGGAGUGUUCACACAGGUCUUCAGAGAGGAGAGAGGACUGUACCAGGACACGGUGUUCUGCUUCAUCCAUCUGAGUGUUCAGGAGUUUCUGGCUGCUCUUCAUGUCCAUCAGACCUUCAUCAACUCUGGAGUCAAUCUGAUGGAAGAAGAACAAACAGCAUCCAGAUCUACAAUGACACAGCUCUACCAGAGUGCUGUGGACCAGGCCUUACUGAGCCCAAAUGGACACCUGGACUUGUUCCUCCGCUUCCUCCUGGGUCUGUCACUGACCACCAAUCAGGAUCUCCUACAAGGUCUGCUGACACAAACAGGAAGUGACUCAGAGAGCAGACAGGAAACAGUCCAGUACAUCCAGACAAAGAUCAGUGAGGAUCUGUCUGCAGAGAAGAGCAUCAAUCUGUUCCACUGUCUGAAUGAACUGAAUGAUCGUUCUCUAGUAGAGCAGAUCCAACAGUACCUGAGAUCAGGACCUCUCUCCAGAGAUAAACUCUCUCCUGCUCAGUGGUCAGCUCUGGUCUUUAUCUUACUGUCAUCAGAAAAAGAUCUGGACAUGUUUGACCUGAAGAAAUACUCUGCUUCAGAGGAGGCUCUUCUGAGGCUGCUGCCAGUGGCCAAAGCCUCCAACAAAGCUCUACUGAGUGGCUGUAACCUCUCAGAGAGAAGCUGUGGAGCUCUGUCCUCAGUCCUCAGCUCCUCCAGUCUCAGAGAUCUGGACCUGAGUAACAACGACCUGCAGGAUUCAGGAAUUGAGCAACUUUGUUGUGGACUAAAGGAUCCACAUUCUAAGUUGGAAUCUCUCAGGCUGAGUGUCUGUAACCUCUCAGAGAGAAGCUGUGGAGCUCUGUCAUCAGUCCUCAGCUACUCCAGUCUCAGAGAUCUGGACCUGAGUAACAACCACUUGCAGGAUUCAGGAGUGAUGCUGCUGUCUUCUGGACUGGAGAGUCCACACUGCAGGCUGGACUCUCUCAGUCUGUCUGGCUGUUUGGUCACAGAGGAAGGCUGUUCUUCUCUGGCCUCAGCUCUGAGCUUCUCCUGUCUGACAAAGCUAGACCUGAGCUACAAUCAUCCAGGAGAAGGAGGAGAGAAACUACUGUCUGCUCUACAGAAGGAUCCACACUGCAGACUGGAGACACUGAGGCUGGACCAUGGUGGACAGCACAGACUGAAACCAGGUCUACAGAAGUACGCCUGUGAGCUGGAAGUGGACACAAACACAGUGGACAGAAGACUCAAACUGUCUGACAACAACAGGACGGUGACACGUGUGGAGGAGGAUCAGCCAUAUCCUGAUCAUCCAGACAGAUUUGACUGUGAGCAGCUGCUGUGUCAGACUGGUCUGAGUGGUCGCUGUUACUGGGAGGUUGAGUGGAGAGGAGAGGUUAAUGUUUCAGUGAGUUACAGAGGAAUCAGACGGAGAGGAGACAAGAAAGAAUGUUUGUUUGGAUGGAAUGAUCAGUCCUGGAGUCUGAGCUGCUCUGAUGGUGGUUACCGUGUCUAUCACAAUAACAUAAGAACAUACAUCUCCUCCUCUUCAUCCUCUGGUAGAGUAGGGGUGUAUCUGGACCAUCCUGCUGGCUCUCUGUCCUUCUACAGAGUCUCCUCUGACAGACUGAUCCACCUCCACACCUUCAACACCACAUUCACUGAACCGCUCUAUCCUGGGUUUGGGUUAAGGUCAGGUCAAGGUUCCUCAGUGUCUCUGUGUUCUCUGUAGCUCAAACUCUGCUGUCUGAAUCCAAAGCUUAGUCAGACUACACACUAGAUGAUUUAUCAGCUCUGAUUAACCUGAUUGAUUUGAUUCAAAGCUUGUCAGUAAUUCUUUUCACUAGUUGAACUUGCAUUGGUGUAUAUGUCACUGUUGAACUGCUCAGCAGUCAUUUUGAUAUGAUCAAGUCCAUUUUAGUCUUGUUUUAGCUUCCAUACUUCUUGUUUGGUCUAACCAAGCCCACAGACACAAACAGCUGAUCAGAUACUCUGAGGUGGAAGAGCACGUAGCCUGUAGCCGAAGCUCACAUUGUAAAAUAGUGCCACACACAGCGGCUUUCUCUGUGAACAAUAACACGCUUCAAAAAUGUUUCAUACAGCGUACAAUUGAGCCAACAUUGUUGUAGGAGCCACAUUUGAGUUUUUAUUGACAUGCUUUCAUUUGACAUUGUUGACUUUUCUUUCAUUUUGUGGGCGCCCUCCACAGGUGGUGAGGGCGUUGGCCUAGUAAAAUGAGCAGCUGACGCACAGCCAGGAAGAUGGGUCACAGCGCAAACUGUCAUUGAGUGCAGGCUUAGAUAGCUGUGAAUGAUUUGUACUCAGAAACCCUAUCAAAUGAACUUUUAUUUUUCAUUGAUCUUUUUUAUUUUGGUCAUAAACAAAAGCAACUUUGAAGCAGCUCUCUCAGGAUUGAUUUUUGGAAGUCUGUGUGUGUGAUGAUGAAGCUGUGAUGAUGUUCCCGUUCUACCUGUGGUAAAAACAUGAACACUGGAAAAGGUUCAAGGACAAACCUGAUUUUAAAGUUUUACAAUACAAUUCAUCAAUGAGGAGCUGUGAACGGAAUGCAAUUUUAGUUUCUCCCACUUAUUUUGGAUCAGUAGAACCUUAUAAGCUAAAACAUCAGCGUGGUCUUAGGACAGGAAUUUCUUGGAAAUUUUACUGUCCAAACUCCACAUAUGUUCCAUAAUAUUUCAAAGAAAUAACAAACAUUUUGUGAAAAAAAAAUCUUCAAUAUAUUUUAAAGAAUUUUUUUCCGUGAAAAAUACCUACAAAUGUCUUCAAGUAGUCCCAAAAUGUUUCAGUGAAACUUGAUCAUAAUUCAAUUUUUUUUUUAAAUUCUGUGUAAAUUUUUGAAAAUUUUCAGGUAAAUUCCAAAAAAAUGUACAAAUACGUCCCCGAAAUUCCAUGAAAGUGACAGAAACAUCCAAACAAAAUCCCGGAAACUUGCAUAAAAAUUCUUUAAAAAUUCAAAGAACCCUCCCCCAUUAGCCAAAAAUUUAAAAAUAAAAAUGUCACAAAGUUCCAUGAAAUGGCCUCAAAAUUUCCAAACAAAUGUUCAUAAAUACCCAGAGAAAGAAUAUAAAGCAAAUUUCCACAAACUUCCAAAAAAGACUCAAAAAUAUGCCAACAUAUCCCAAAACUUUGGUGAAAAUUUUCAAACAAAUUCCCAAAAAUAUCCAAACAGGAAAUUCUGCCAUCAUCCUGCAAAUGAUUUCAACUUCAAUAUGCAUUUGAUUUAUUCUCUGACAAAUUCUAAGCUUAGAAAUGAUUGCUAUGUUGUAGAAAAGCCAAAAUGAAAUGUCCUCAUAUGUGCAUGCAGGGCCUUAGGAGGUUACAACAACAACAUGGCUAGAAUAGCCCAGAAUUCCUUUGGGCACUUCUGCACCAGGAGUGAAGUUGCUGACUGAGUCAGAGAAUUCCCGACUGUGGAUAGUCUACAGAAUCUGGAUGGAAGAGGAUUUCCUGAUCCAGAGGUCACUCUCUGAUUAGUGUAACUUGUAGUCUCUUCAGCUGGCACACCUUGAGUGGCAUAAAUGUUGAAGAUUAAAGUCUGUGCUAGAAAUAAGGAAAACUGUAGUGGCUGUGCUACAUGUAGCUUCACUAAACUACUUAAACAUGUUGUUAUGAGUUGGCUUUCAAUUGAUUUUUCAAGUGUGGAAAAGUUUCCACAGUGUAGCUGACCUUCAAAAAGUGAAACCAACAUAAAUGUCCAAGUAAAAGUGAGUCUAAGUCAUUUUCAGCUGCUCAGUCAGCUCAUUUCAACUAGUUUGGUUUUACAGUGUAGGUGAUGAAGAGGCAGGAGGGUGAAGAUGUUGCUUUUCCUGCAGGUCAGCUGCUCCAUCAGAAGCGUUCUCUGUGAGAGACAAAAGGACAAAUAUGGAUGUUAGACUCACAGCUUCAUCAAAUCACAUGUCAAUGUCAAAAUAAUAGAAGGGAGCAGACGCCAAAUGGACAUUUCCAAUGAAUAAAUACAGUUUACACACAUUUGAAAAACAA